AUGAAUUGCCCUUCGAGAGUCGAGCCAGACAUUCCACCCGACUGGAACCAGAACCCCCCAGCGCUGAACGCCGAAGCGACCACGUGCAAUGACCUGAACCAUAUCGCAAACGAGCGCCAGAAGCGCAAGAGCUCCGGCCACAGCUCCGACGAGGGCGCCAUCGAACAACCGCAGCAGCCCCCCGACAUUCACACCGGCCCUUUGCAGCGGCGGGGUGUCGGGCGCUCCAGGAUCCAGCCCGAGGGUCCUGCCAAAGCAGACAUGAGCGCGGGUGCUGCUGCGUCGCAAGACCGGCCCGCACCCAAAGAUUCGUCGGCUUCUGGUGCGCAUGCGACUACCUUGAAUGUCGGGUGUGCUGGGCGUGACCACAAAGGAAGUGGAGAGCCAGGCCGAAGUGGAUCGUGCUUCUCUGGGCUCCUACUUCAGACCAGAGAUGUGCUCUACAAGUAUGCGAAGUUUGUUGGACCAGGGUUCAUGGUGGCGGUUGCAUACAUCGAUCCGGGGAACUAUGCUACGGACGUUGCUGCUGGUGCUUCCUACCGCUUCAAGCUCUUGUUCAUCAUUUUGAUGUCAAACAUUUUUGCCAUCUUCUUGCAGUCUCUCUGCGUGAAGCUUGGCACGGUCACGGGCAUGAACUUGGCUGAGAACUGCCGUGCUCACUUGCCCUUCUGGCUGAAUAUCAUUCUAUACAUCUUCGCCGAGUCGGCCAUCAUCGCUACGGAUAUUGCUGAGGUCAUCGGGACAGCAAUUUCCCUGAACGUCCUGUUAAACGUACCUUUGGUCGCUGGUUGCGCCAUCAGCAUUGUCGAUGUCUUCCUCAUCCUGCUUUUCUACAGACCCUCAGGCUCCAUGCGCGCCGUGCGUUAUUUCGAAUAUUUUGUGAUGCUACUUGUGCUUGGUGUGGUUGUCUGCUUCUGUUUCCAGCUCAGCCUCAUCAAGGACACCCUUUACCAAUCUUGCGGCAUCCUUGGCGCCACCGUUAUGCCUCACUCGCUGUAUCUUGGCUCGGGCAUCAUUCAGCCGCGCCUACGCGAAUUCGAUGAAGCGCUUUUGGCUUCUGCCCAACACCCCGCCGCGGCGGAAAACAACAACCUCGACUCCGACUCGGAAUCGAUCGUAUCUCACUCGAAAUACCGCCCUUCUAUUCAGGCGGUCAAGGCUUGCCUGACCUAUUCCGUCGUUGAGACAGCAAUUUCCCUUUUCACGUUCGCGCUCUUCGUCAACUCCUCCAUCCUCAUAGUUUCCGGCUCCUCACUUUACAAAACGCCUGGCGCUGAGUCUGCUGACCUUUUCGGCAUCCAUGAUCUUCUAUCGUCAACGCUGGCGCCCGCUGCUGGCACGAUUUUUGCGCUUGCUCUGCUUCUGUCUGGUGUAAGUGCUGGCAUUGUCUGCACCAUAGCCGGUCAGAUGAUAUCAGAGGGACAGCUGAAUUGGAGCUGCAAGCCAUGGAAGCGCCGAUUCAUCACCCGCAGCAUCAGCAUUGUUCCUUCGAUCAUCGUCGCCGGGGCGGUCGGCCGCGAAGGAUUAUCAGAUGCUCUCGAGGGCUCACAGGUAGCACUCAGUGUCAUCUUGCCCUUUGUCAGCGCUCCUCUUGUCUACUUCACUUGCCGCAACAAGUUUAUGACCGUCUCCGCCGUCGACCGCGAUGCACGCCCUGGAAAUGACAUCGUGGCACAAGCCGAGCACGGGGAGCACCAGUCCACCAGUUCCGUCGAGGAAAUCCAGAUGCGCAACAAUUGGCUUACAGCAACGAUUGCAGUCCUGAUCUGGUUGAUCAUUGUAAUAAUGAACAUUGCUUUAUUAGUGCUUGUCAGCAUGGAUAAAGCGUAG